AUGUCUUUGAACGAGAAAUUAUUUUUUCGAAGAGCAAUACAACAUUUAGCUAGAUCAUUAGCGGCUAUUUCAAAAACACCUUGGGAAAAGGUUGAAAAAUUGCUACUUUUUUGCCCUAAAAAAUAUGAUUCCGAAGAAAUUUAUCAUAUUGAUCAAAGAGGACAGGAUGCAGUAAUUGCUUUAGGGAUUUACUUUUUGGAAUCCGGUUUUCAACAUUCAGAUAAAAUCCUUCCCUAUUUAUUAAAAUUAUUAAAGGCCUUACAUUUAGUAAAAUGGCUAGAUGAAAUUCCAUUAGGGAAAGAUGACAGAAUUCCAGUAGCGGAAAGAUUUAGCUUUUGUCUUAACACAUUAUUAUCAGAUAUAGCUGCCAGAAAUGAUUUACUUAGGGAAAGAAUCAUAACGGCACAGAUUAAACAAUUGGAAAGUUUAUGUCAUCUUAUUCACAAGCAUAAAAGUAAUAGCAGUACACAUCAAACUGAUGAUUCAAAGAUAUAUUUAUGUCGAAAUGUUGUACCGGUUUUUUUCGGAUUAGCAAGAUCUAUGGGUAGAUUAUCUACAACUGAUCCUCCACUUAUAUGUUGUAUUUUUCCAAAACCUCUACCUCCCACACAAACAGAAGGAACUUGUUUGAAUUUAACGAAAAAAAAAAAUUUUUCAACUUUUAGAAAUAUUAUACCACAUAGUCUUAGUGCCAACCUUAGCGACUCAACAUUUUUAGGACAGCCCAAUAAGGGACACCAAAUAGAAGCUUUAAGAUCAUGGAGUUCAACAUCUGCUGGAAACAUUUAUGAUCCAACAAUACAUUUUUUCUCAAAAUAUGGUUCAAGUUUUAAUCAGUUUUGCAGUGGGAAAAUCUCUGAUUCUCCGACUAAAAAAUCAAAUGUAAAUUUAUCUGUGGCACAUUUAAAAACAAUAUUAACAGUUGCAGAAAACUUACUAGUUAAAGAUGUUUUGAAUUAUUUGGAUGAUUGUGCGAGUGAAGUUUAUGCAAGCGGCCAUAUUAAAAUUUUUCCAUACAAUUCGUUUAGAGAAACAUUAAAUUUGGUUACUGUUACACUUUUACGAGAAGUUUUGCACUACCAAAAAGAUCUACCUUCUUCGUUUACAAACGAAGUCCAAGAUUUUGUCAAAGAUUUAUGUUUGUCUGGUCAAACUGAACUUCAAAGUCUUCACCAUGACGCGUCUGAACGACAGGAUAGAGAUACUAAUUUUGCUACCGUCAAUAAAUUUAAACUCAACGUAAUGGCGAAUGCAGCUUGUGUUGAUUUAUUAGUUUGGGCAAUAGGGGAUGAAGCAGGGGCGGAUAGUUUAUGCGGUAGACUCACGGAAAAAAUCAACAGCAAUCAAAAUUAUAAAUUAAUUUUAGCACACAUGCCAUUAUUGUUAGUUUGUCUUGAAGGAUUGGGAAAAUUAGCGGAUAAAUUUCCCAAUAUAGCGAGUACAUCCAUUUAUUGUUUACGUGAUUUUCUCGUCACGCCAUCACCGAUUUUACUAAAACUUCACAAGCGUCAAAACGAUAAGCAGUCGCAUCGAGUUUUAAUUCAAGGGAAAAAUCAAGAGGAAACAACUACGAAUUAUUCCUCUUCCGAAAUCGCAUUUGAAAAACUAAGGGAUGUUGCUAUUGAAAAUUUAUGCAUAGCUUUAGAAGCAGCCUUCACCGUCGAUCCUUAUUGUGUUCCCGCUCUCGUAGCAAGCGUAUCUAAAAGACUAUUUACUGCCGAAAAAUCAAAUAGCGAAUCAUCUUUAAUAUCAAACAAUAGUAUUUAUAUGUUGGGUCACGUGGCUGUGGCAUUAAAAGACACGCCGCGAGCAACGGAAACUAUUUUACAAUUUUUCCAGCAAAGAUUAUGUCGCGAACCUUCGGCUUUAGACAAUUUAAUUAUAGAUCAAUUGGGGUGCAUAAUAAUAGCUAAAUGCGAGCCGCAUGUUUACGAAGAAAUAAUGGGCAUGUUUACAACCAUUACCGUCGAGGCGAGUUCUGCUGCUUAUACAAACACGGACGAUAGGAAACAACAGUACAGGCACGUUUCGGGUUCCGUGAUAAACGCAUUGGCAAAUAUAGCGGCUAGUUUACAGGGAGACGAAGCCAGAUACGAAUUUUUAGUUAAAUUAUUAGAACUUUUCGUUCAGUUGGGAUUGGAGGGAAAGAGAGCAUCGGAGAAAGCACCCGUGGCCUCAAAAGCAUCCAGUAGUGCAGGGAAUUUGGGAGUUUUGAUACCCGUAUUAGCAGUAUUAGUCAAACGGUUACCAUUUAUUCAUAAUCCGAAACCAAGACUUCAUAAAUUAUUUCGUGAUUUUUGGUUGUAUUGCGUCGUUAUGGGUUUUACGGCUCACGAUUCAGGUUUAUGGCCUUCUUAUUGGUACGACGGCGUUAAAGAAAUAGCCGUAAAAUCUCCUUAUUUGGUUACGAGAACUUCUUCGAAAUCUGGAAUGAGAGAAUUACAAUACACGUCUGCUGUUAGAAACGACAGCGUUUCUCUGACAGAAUUACAGGAAUUAAAAAAUCAAAUCUUAAAUCUUCUUAAUCAUCCGGCAGAUGUGACGACGUACAUUAACAAACUCUCGUUUGCGCAAUGUUGUUAUUUAUUGUCCGUAUACUGGCUGGAAAUCCUUAGAAUACAAAAUUCCAAAGAGCCAAGUUUACAACCCAUUUUAGAGUACUUGAGCGAUACGGCAUUGCAAAAGGAUAAAGCGGGAAUGUGGCAAUGCAUUUGUUGUGUCGGCGAUAGAAUAUUUGCCCAAUUCCUCGACGUCAUGUCGAAUAAACCUAAAAAUGAAUCGAGAGAGAGAGAAUUGGAAAAUCACGCUCAAUUCCUCCUGGUUUCUUUCAAUCACGUACAAAAACAAAUACGUAGAGUCGCCGAUAAAUAUUUAUCCGGAUUGGUCGAUAGGUUUCCGCAUUUGCUCUGGAACAGACGAGUUCUUCACACCAUGUUAGACAUUCUUCAAGUUCUCUCUUUUUCCCUCGAAUUUGAUCCGAACGAAGAAACGCCCACGCUUAACAUACCGGAAACGCCUUUCACGCUACAAUUGAUGGAUACUUUGGAAGCGAGAGAAGGAAUCGUGAAAGAUUUUGCCGCUCGUUGCAAAGGUAUAGUUCAAGAAGCCAUGAAAUGGACACCUCAAGCCACGAGAUCUCAUCUUCAAGAUUAUUUAAAUCAAUUAUCGUCAUCGGGUUUGUGGCAUCAUUCCGGUUUGUCGUUAGCAAUUGAAAGUGUUUUACAGUACACGGGACUAAAUUCUCAAUCUGCACCUCUUAGCUCUAGCACUUUGGACAAACGGCCACGUUGCGUCACGAGUGAUUCAUCGCGUUUCAUAACAUCUCAAAGCUUACGUUCGAGGUAUAUGGGCGAAGUGAUGGGAUUGAUGAACGAAGGAGAAAAACAUAAAUUAAUAACUCAAUUGGUGGACAAAGUUUGGGAAUCGUGUGCGAUGAAAGACGAUGAAACGCACGGAGCAGCUUUGUGGAGAGUCACCGCUCUAUUAAUUUUAACACCAGGUAUGGAUAGGAGGUUACUUCACGUCGUUGCUUGGUCUCAAGUUGCUUUAUUUACCGAAAUAGCCGUAGAAACGGCCGUUGAAUGUUGGUCGUGGUUAAUGACUGCGAGACCGGAUUUGGAAUUGAGAUUUUUACAAGAAAUGUUUUCCGCUUGGCAGUACACCGUAGACAAAAAAUUGGGUUUAUUUUCAAAAGAAAUAAAUGAAAUAAGUCCUCUGGCAUGUCACGAGGGUUGCGUUUUGGAACCGAAACCGCCAUUCGUUAAACCCCACGAUAUUUGGGUUCAAUACCUGGCCGAGAUAGUCGAAACUGCAAAAUACAACAGUCAGGAAAUUGUCGAAAUGGUUGUGACGCUUUUGCAUCGGAGUUUACCCAUAACGGUCGGAGCGACGAAUAAUCAUCCCAACAGGCACGUGUCUGCCGUUGGAGUUCGUUUCAGGCUUCUAUCUUGCGGAUUGUCUUUACUACAAGGAGACAUUCUUCCAAAAUCUUUAUCUAAAAAUGUUUUACGUCAACGCAUAUACUGUAAUUGUUUAGAUUAUUUUUGUUCCGUACCUAAAUUUCCAACGUUGAAAGGUGCGAAAUUGAGAGACGAUAUUAUUUGCCUCGUUAAAUUUUGGCAAACGAUGAGAUCCGAUAAAAAACAUCUCAAAGCCAGCGUCGUCGGAGAUUUAGAUCUCUACAGUCAAAAUCCGGGUCCGAGUAACAACAGCGAAACGAGAUCGACGUCUGGUGAAUUUACUCGCGGACCAACAGGAUGGAUAAAUACGGUUCCUCUCUCUACGAGCACGAACACAUUGUCGAAAAGAAGUACGAGAUCGAAACGAGUAACGAACGGAGAUGAAUUUAUAAAAGAUUACAUGAGAAAAAGAAGUUUGAUCCUUGAACUAUUGGCGGUGGAAAUUGAAUUUUUAUUGACGUGGCACAAUCCGAGUUCUCGUCCGGAUUUGAUCGUGGCAAACGAAGAAAACAUCGCCGCCUGGAGAAAUAAAACGAUGACGGAAAAAGUUUGGCGCGAUACGGCUCGUUUAGCGUGGGACAUAAGUCCGACAUUGGCUGUGUUUUUACCGCACCGUUUCAAAAACGAAGAAAAUAUCAUCAAGGAAGUUUCUCGGCAGGUCCGAUUGAAUCCGAUAUUGGUUGCUCACAUACCUGAAGCGUUAAGAUAUUUAUUGACGACGGAUACCAUUCUCAACGAAGCCCAAGAGUUAGUGUACGCUCUAUCUUGGUCCAGAGUUAGUCCCGUACAGGCUUUGUCAUAUUUCUCCAGGCAAUUUCCUCCGCAUCCCAUUACGGCGCAAUAUGCGGUUCGAGUUCUCGGCUCUUAUCCCGCUGACACGGUUCUCUUUUACAUUCCGCAAAUUGUUCAAGCCCUUCGACACGAUACCAUGGGUUACGUGAUUGAAUUCAUAAAAUACAUUUCAAAAAAAUCUCAAUUGGUCGGUCACCAGUUGAUUUGGAGCAUGCAAACGAACAUGUACAUGGAUGAAGAUCAACAAAUCAAAGAUCCUGUUCUAUAUGACGUUUUGGAAUCAUUAAUGAAUUCGAUUAUCGAUUCACUUUCGGGUCAGGCCAAAGAAUUCUACAAGAGAGAAUUUGAUUUUUUCAAUAAGAUCACUCACAUUUCCGGAGAAAUCCGACCGUAUCCCAAAGGUCCGGAAAGAAAACGUGCGUGUUUGGAAGCGUUGAGCAAAAUAAAAGUUCAACCGGGAUGCUACCUUCCGUCGAAUCCCGAAUCAAUGGUUUUGGAUAUAGAUUACAAAAGCGGAACCCCCAUGCAAAGUGCUGCCAAAGCUCCGUAUUUGGCGAGAUUUAAAGUUUUGAAAUGUGGCAUCACUGAAUUGGAAAAAUUAGCUUUGGAAACGAGCAGUACCGGAAAACAGAAUUUCGAAAAUAAAGGACCGGAAGUUUGGCAAGCGGCUAUAUUUAAGGUUGGCGACGAUGUUCGACAGGAUAUGCUCGCUCUUCAAGUCAUCGGUUUAUUCAAAAAUAUUUUUCAACUAGUCGGUCUAGAUCUUUAUUUAUUUCCAUAUCGCGUUGUUGCCACAUCUCCCGGCUGUGGAGUCAUAGAAUGCGUACCGAAUGCAAAAUCCCGGGAUCAAUUGGGAAGACAAACCGACAUCGGAUUGUACGAAUAUUUUAUUAAAAUGUACGGAGACGAAACAACGAAAGAAUUUCAAACGGCUCGUAGAAAUUUUAUUAAAUCAAUGGCCGCGUAUAGCGUCACGGGAUUUCUUUUGCAGAUCAAGGAUCGUCACAACGGGAAUAUAAUGUUGGAUCAAACGGGUCACAUAAUACACAUAGAUUUUGGAUUCAUGUUCGAAAGUUCUCCCGGUGGGAAUUUAGGAUUCGAACCCGACAUUAAAUUAACGGAUGAAAUGGUCAUGAUAAUGGGUGGAAAAAUGGAAGCGCCGCCAUUUCGAUGGUUUAUGGAACUUUGCGUGCAAGCUUAUUUAGCUGUGAGACCUUAUCAAGAAGCAAUAAUUUCAUUGGUAUCCCUCAUGUUGGACACGGGACUUCCAUGUUUUCGAGGUCAAACAAUUAAAUUAUUACGAGCGAGAUUUGCUCCCCAAGCAUCGGAAAAGGAAGCCGCGAAUUACAUGUUGUCCGUUAUAAGAUCUUCAUUUUUAAAUUUUCGAACACGAACAUACGACAUGAUACAGUAUUAUCAAAAUCAAAUACCUUAUUAA